UGCAGCGCCAAUCUUAAAUGCGAAUAAGACCGUACGAAGACGUUGUUGCGACCUGGACCUAGGAUAUCUGACAAAUCCUCAGUUUUUGAAAGUGAAGUUGCACAGGGACGUCGAAAACGCAAUGGAGACCAUUUCAAAAGCAAAGGUCAACCUUAAAAAGCGUAACAAAGAGAACACGAGACCAGCAAGUGGUCUCACUAAGACCUUAAAUAAAAGGGAGGUCUCCAAAACAGUGACAACUUCAUCUGCUCCUUUGCAUUCAAAGCUUGAUGAAAAGGAAAUUAUUCUGGGACAGGAAGCAGAUGUGGUGAAAAAGGUCAAGACAGGGCAGGGGGCAGCAAGUGACGCUAAAUCACGCCACACACUCAGCCAGGCUUUCCUGACCAAACAGGCUGUCAGACAGAGAAAGAUUGUCACAGAGGCUCCAAAGCUACAGGCUUCCAUACCCCUUAAGCCUGCACCAGGCACCUACAAAGGCAGAGUUGUCCAGUCCAAAAUUGGGGCUAUCUGGAAGUCUAGUUGUAGCUUGGAUGGAGGAGCAGAAAACAAAGCAUCCACAAAACCAUCAGUGCCCAAGGUUGAAACACAGAAGACGAGAAAUUUGACCAAAUCCUUCUCUGACUUGCAUGGGCGUGGCACACAGAAGCCUCCUCAAGGUCAACCCUCCAAAUCCAAGUCUGUUACGGACGGGCCAAAUCUGGUCCCCAAACGCCCUGCUGCCAGCGGGCCUGCAGCCUCUCGCGAUGCAGGUCCCCCUGCCCGACAUGCUCCAUGUGGAUACCCGCCUCGUGCCAGCUCCACUAAGCCUGCCAUGGCAUCCAAGGGAACAGAGUCACGGAGCACCAAGCCUAAGAUGCCUGUUCAAAAUCCGAAGGUCAACAAGCCUGCUGUAUCAAGCACCCUCAGUCAGUACCGAGUACACACUGACACUGCUGAAGAGAGGAAAGUAAAGCUGGCAGAGUGGUUAGCAUCCAAAGGGAAGACUUUGAAAAGACCCCCGAUGACAUCGCGGGCAGCCCCAAUAACCAGACUGGUUGAGGUGAUUGAAGUCCAGGCCCCAUCCCAAAUAAUCCCUGAGCCAAAGUCCAGUGGUGAGCCUCAACCUCCUGCCCAGACUGAGACUAAACCACAGCCUGGUCUGCAAGCUCCAGAUCCCAACAUCGCUCCUCCACCUGAUAACAACCAGGGACCAGAGCUGCUGACUGCAUGUUCCUCAAGUCCACUGAUCAUGAACACAACUUUAGACCUGCUUGACAACUCUGAUAUGGACCUCCCGGUUGACCCAGAGGUCAGAAUUGAUGAUGUUGUAGUAAACCUUUGUAGUGUUUUGGAGGCCAUGGAGGCGCCCUCUCAGUGUGUAGAUGAACCAGAAGAGACCCAGGAUGAAUUUGUGGAGGAGAAUGUGGUACAUGAUGAGCCAAAUAACAAGGAGAACGAAUUGCCUGAGACUGUUUUAGACGUCGUCAAGUCAGAGGAUGAUGUAAAGAGUGUGGCUGAAGAGAGGGCCUCAAAGAAGAUAAACGAGUCCUGUAGCGAGGAAGGGGAAUCUGAUUGUGAGGACCUGACGGGGACCACGCCAGAGACUCAAGGAGCAUCUCUGGUGAAAUACAGCGUGAGGACGACUCCGUACCUGCAAAGUGUCAAGAAAACCAUGGAGGGUGAAGCAAGUGCUACUGGCUCGAGUAGGAAGAACACCAUAAAGGACCUCAAGUUCCUGACACCAGUGCGCCGUUCCUGUCGCAUCCAACGCAAGUCGUCUCGUCUGCCUGGCAUGCUGACCGACCACGACCCCUGUGUGUCGUCGCUGGCUGAACUGGUUCAACUGGAUGAUGAUGCCAAUGCCUACAUUUACAGGAAGAACCCAGCUCUCCUGGAGGAGCUUCCAGACCAUGCAAAAGACCUUGGGAAGAUCUGAGUGCUGUGCUGCUUAGGUUUGGGAAUGCUCUGUAAUGCAUGAGAUGGGUACCAAUGAAAGCUCAUGGUAACUUAAGGGCACCUUACAUCAUUGAUUUUGGUUAAUUGAUGGAAAAAAGCUAACUGCAGUAAUUACAUACACAUACGCUAAGAGGAGCAAAAGUCACUACAUAUGUAGCCUACUAAUCCCUAUAUGACUCAUGGAUGUUGUCAAGGAAGUCAGACUAUCUAGACCUUUCACUUUUUCUAAAGUUUCUAAUCUUAUAUUAUUAUGUUUUGUAUUCUACCUUUUUUGUUUUAGUAAAUCUGUUUUAUGAAUGUUUGUAAUUGGUGUUCGGUGUUGACAACUUUCAUUAAUAAAGAUGGAAGAGGCUUUGUAAAGAA